GGUGCCGGGGCGGUGUCCCCGCGGUGCUGCCGGGCCGGGGCGGUGCCCCCGCUCUGACGGGAUCCGGUGCGACGGCGGCCGCGCCAUUUCCUGCGGCGGGACCGGGGAUGGCGGCGCAGGACGUGCUCGGUCAGACCGCCCGGCUGGCCUCGUCCAGCGCCCUGCUGCAGGUGCUGUUCCGGGUGGUCACCUUCGCGCUGAACGCCUUCACGCUGCGCUACCUCUCCAGGGAGCUCAUCGGCGUGGUCAAUGUCAGGCUGACUCUGCUGUACUCCACGGUUGUCUUCCUCGCCAGGGAAGCAUUUCGCAGAGCUUGUUUGAGUGGAAGUACAAAGAGAAACUGGAGCAAAACAAUUAAUCUCUUGUGGCUGACAGUCCCUCUUGGUGUUUUUUGGUCUGUUUUCUUGGGCUUAGUCUGGCUGCACUUGCUUGAAGUCCCUGAUCCUUCUGUGGUUCCUCAUUAUCAGGCUGGUGUGGUGGCAUUUGGCCUUUCUGCAGUUAUUGAACUUCUGGGAGAACCGUGCUGGGUUUUAGCACAAGCUCAUUUGUUUGUGAGACUCAAGGUAAUUGCUGAAAGCCUUUCAGUGGUAUCAAAAUGCAUUUUGACGGUUACUUUAGUAAUCCUUUAUCCUCAGUGGGGCCUUUACAUUUUUGCCUUGGCUCAGCUUUUAUAUGCCACUGUUCUGGUAAUGUGCUAUGUAACUUAUUUUGUGAUGUUUUUGGGAUCACCUGAAGCAACAAAAAAGUCAUUUCCAGUUGCUAGAGUGAAAGCUCUGUUACCUAACUUUGUGGCAGAUGAGACCUUUGUUAACUGGAAGGAAGCACGUUUGACUUGGAGUUUCUUCAAACAAUCCUUCUUGAAACAGAUUUUGACAGAGGGUGAACGAUAUGUGAUGACUUUUUUGAACGUGUUAAAUUUUGGAGAUCAGGGUGUAUAUGAUAUUGUGAAUAAUCUUGGUUCACUGGUGGCCAGGUUUGUCUUUUUGCCUAUUGAGGAGAGUUUUUAUGUCUUUUUUGCUAAAGUGUUGGAAAGAGGGAAGGCUGUAAAGGAUCAGAAGCAGGAUGAUGUUGCUGUGGCUGCAAAUGUAUUGGAAUUGCUGUUGAAGCUUGUGCUCCUGAUUGGCCUUACCAUCACUGUUUUUGGCUAUGCCUAUUCUCAGCUGGCUCUGGAUAUUUAUGGAGGCUCAAUGCUCAGUUUGGGAACAGGUCCAGAUCUCCUCCGGUGUUACUCGUUAUAUGUCCUCUUUCUUGCUGUCAAUGGAGUAACAGAAUGUUUUACAUCUGCUUUGAUGUGCAAAGAAGAGGUGGACAGGUACAAUUUUGUUAUGCUGGCUCUGUCCUUCAUAUUUCUGUGCAUCUCUUAUUUCCUGACCCACUGGCAUGGCAGCAUAGGCUUUAUCCUUGCCAACUGCUUUAACAUGGGCAUUCGAAUCGCUCACAGCAUCCACUACAUCUAUGAUUACUUCAAGGAAAGCCCUUACAGGCCUCUGACAGGUUUGCUUCCCUCUCCCUUUUUGGUGCUGGUUUAUAUCAUCAGUGGAGUCAUCACUGCUUUCUCAGAGGUGUUCUUCUGCUGUGAUAAGGGGUGGAUGGCAAGGCUGAUCCACAUCGGUGUGGGGGCUCUGUGCUUUGCAGCAACCGUUGUGACGAUGUUCUGCACAGAGACCAAGCUGAUCCACUUUGUCAGAAGCCAGUUCCUCUCCCGCUAUUUGAAGAAAGGAACAUGACAUGCUCCUGUGCAGGACAGUUCUUGUAUGUGCUUGCAGUAGAGGGAUGUAUUUUUUUCCAUAAGAUCUGUAUGAGGGAAAAAGGUUUCCACACGUGUUUGGAAGCACUGAUAUUGGAGUGGCAAUGCAGGAGAUUGAAUAUUAUUUUGUCUUCUGAACUGGUCAGUACGGUGAAAGAGAGAUGAGUGAUUUUCUCUUUAAUCACUGUUAUUUUCCAAGCUUUUCUUCAAACAGCCUCGUGGGUAAUGAAUGAAGAUCUAAGAUGCACCUUCUGACAUAACCUGGCUGACAGACUUCACAUGGAGAGCUCCUGUUCCCACCAGUGGGGAGUGUGUGUGUGAAGGCGUGAUGUGGUUUAUAUCAUAAGGUGUACCUAAGAAUGCCCUUAUUUGGCAUGGAGGGGCUGCUUUACUGGUGAGAAAAUGAUCUGACCAAAACAAACCCCAAAAAACCCACACUAAAACCCAUUAAACAAAACAAAAACUGAGGAAAACACUGGGACAAGGACCAAAAGCAAUGUAAGUGUUGCUGGAGCAGAACACAGUGUGGUGCAGAGGGAUUGAGUUGUCAGUGUUUUGAAGUGUAAAGCAGGGACCAGAAAGUCCUGACGUUUCCAAGUAAAUCAGUGGAAUGCACAGCGUGUGUCCGUGCUGGCUCUGUGGGAUUAUUGCACUCAGCAUAUCCCUCAUUUCUGAGGGCAUUGAUUAACUUGUCAAAAAUACUCUGAAGCCUCAGCUGAAAGGAGAAAGAGGGUUUGAGCAGUGUCUUGCAGGAAGUGUUAAGUACAAUCACACUCAUGCUGAAGUUCCAGGAGGUUAAUCAUAGAACUUUCUUCUUUCAUUCCAUUGUUUUUCGGUUUUGUCUGAGAUUUUAAAUGCCAGCAUGAACACAUAUGUCUCAAUAAAAAUUAUUUUGUUUUAUCUAUAAAAAAAUCUGAACGUUAAAUAUAUUUAUUAAGAUUUUUUACAAGGGUUUAUGCGUAUUGGAGCUUUCUUUACUGGGUAGAAAAUACUUUUCCUUGCAACAUUUUCCUCUUUUCCUCACAUCUUAUUCCUUUACUUGUUCAGUCUUAACCUUCAGGUUGAUUUUUUUUUUUUAAUUGUUGAAAAUUUGGGCAUUCAGCAGUUGCAAAAUUUGAUUUUAGGCUGUUGGUUUAGGUUUAGUAAUGGUGUAUUUUAUUGCUGCUCUAAGAUCCAAAUUUGGCAGCUUCAGAAUGUAGAAGGGGCAGGUUUAUAAUG